AUGAAUAAGGGGGGAGGUGCAGCGUCAGGUGGCGGAUUGGGAGGUGGGGGAAGUGGGCCCACUGCGGCUGCGGCGGCAGCAGCAGCUCAGAAGCAGAAGGCGUUGCUGCAGAGAGUGGAGACGGACAUCGCCAACAUCGUCGACAAUUUCAGCUCCCUCGUCAACGUCUCCAGGGUGAACGAUCCUCCUGUUAGAAACUCUCAAGAAGCUUUCAUGAUGGAGAUGCGUGCAGCUAGAAUGGUUCAGGCAGCUGAUUCUCUGCUCAAGUUGGUGUCAGAACUGAAGCAGACGGCAAUUUUUUCAGGAUUUGCCUCCCUUAAUGACCAUGUAGAGCAAAGAAUAGUGGAGUUCAACCAGCAGGCUGAGAAGACCGACCAGAUGUUGGCUAGAAUCGGAGAGGAGGCAGCUGCUAGCCUCAAGGAGCUUGAAUCCCAUUACUAUUCUUCUGCACUGAGGACUAGUGAAAACUUGCAGCCAUGA